CAUGUGGGCGGGGCCUGUGCAGACAGGUGUACAGAGUCCAACCUGCAGCUUCUGCUUCUCCUCUGUGCGUCACUGACAGACUCUGUUUGCUCUCUGCUGCUGGGACGCUUCUUAUUUUCUUCAACAAUUCAAACUUUGUAUUUACUUUGUUUCUGUGUUUACUUUCCCGCUGAGCUGCUUCUCUUCCUCCUCCUGCUGCAGAAGCAUGAAGUUCAGACACUUCGCAGCUUCUGCAGCUUCCUGCACCAAACUUUGUUUUCCCCAGUGAGGGCAUCACACACUGAGGUGAACUCCGGUGCUUCCAGCCUGAUCCCUGCACCAGUCUCCGGCCUGACCUGAACCCAGAUAUCGAUCAUGGAAGCUGAUCAACAACCACAGGAUUAACAGGAGGAGUUUUUUUGGGAUUACAGAUCAGAUCUUUGAUUCCAGGAGCAGAGAUGCAGUGUGUGAGGAGUCUCACUCUGCUCCUCCUGCUCGUGGUGAAGGUGCACGGUGACUUUGUGGAGCCUCCUCAGCCCCACUCCUCCCUGCGCUCGCUGGCAGAGAGUCAGACCAGGCUGCCCUGCCGCUACCAGCCGGUGGGGGGGGAGAAGGUGGUGCAGGUCACCUGGUACAAGGAGCUCGCGGACGGCAGCAAGGACCAGAUCAUCACGGCCCACUUCUCUGAGGGCCACACAGAGUUCGGGCGUUACUCUGGUCGGGUGAAGUUCGAGAGCAGCAGCCCCACAGAAAACUCGGCUCUGCUCAUCCCCAGCACGGAGGAGUCGGACGAGGGCAGCUACAUCUGCCACAUCUCCACCUUCCCUAACGGAAACUUUGAGAGGCACAUCACCGUCACCGUCUGGAUUUUACCCAUCUCCACCCUGGACCCCGUCAUCCUGAAGGAGGGGGAGUCGUACCGUGUGGCGGCCUCCUGCCGAGCGGUGGGUCGCCCGCCCCCCCGUCUCUCCUGGGACACCGACCUGCCGGGCCAGUCCCAGAACCGCACCAGUGAGGGCGGCUCCGUGUCCAGCUACUUCUCCCUGCACCCGCUGCGCAGCAUGAACGGCAAAAAGCUGGACUGCUUGGUGUGGCACCCGGGUCUGAACGGGCCCCGCAGGAUCUCAAACCACAUGGAGGUUCAGUACCCCCCAGAUGCCACCAUCACCAGUGUCUCAGGAGACUGGUUCGCGGGUCUGGAGAACGCUGAGCUGGUGUGUGACAGCGGAGGAAACCCCAAACCUCAGGACUUCACCUGGACACGGAGGGGAGGAGCUCUGCCAGAUGGGGUGUCCGUGAUUGGAGGAAAACUCGUCUUCGGGCGGACCCUCCGCUUGAAUGACAGCGGGGUCUACGAGUGUGUGGCCAAGAACAUUGCAGGAGCAGGAAAAGCAGAGUAUUCAGUGACAAUAGCAGAGUCAUCUCGGAGUACGGGCUUCGUCAAUGACGAGAACUUCCUCCUGAUCGUCCUCGGGUCCUCGGCCGCCGCCCUGGUCCUGGUCCUGAUCCUUGUCGUCCUGCUCGUCAACCGCCACCAUCGCAACAGAAACAGAAAGCUGGAGAGGCAGCUCACUGAGAAGACGGACGAAAUUAACAGCCUCUCCAGACAAAACUCUUUCAGGAGACUGAACUCCGUGAGCUCUGACCCCAGAGUGAAGUCUGAAGAUUACGCCCUGCUCAGAGUCGACAGCAGGAUGAAGAACAGCCAAAUGUCCCUGGAGCGUCCCAUCUACAAAGGCAGCCAGUCCACACUGGGAGGGAAGUGGAGUCCUGCGGGAGGAGUGGAGCUGGACGAGCUGGGACGUCCGGUCAUCUGGCAGGACGGCAGGGAGAGCCUGAGACAGACGGAGACGGACGGAGAGAAGGAGGAGCACAGGAGGAGGGUGGAGUCGUUCCUGAAGAGCAGCAACAUGUCGCUGGACUCUGGUCUUCCCUCGUCCCUUGUUCCCCUGAAGGUCCAGCAGGAGGAAGGGCCCGGAGAGCCGGACCUCGCUCUCCUCGGGGAAGGCGGCUCGCCCCGCGUGGAGGACUGGGCUCCCACGCAGUCGGUGGAGGAGGAGCGAGAGGAUGACGACGACGGCAGCAGCUCCUACCAGAUCUCAGAGGCGCUCACCAAUCACUUCUACUUAAGUAAUGGAUUCCUCAGACCCAGACAGCACUCCAACGCCAUUCUGCUGCACCCCAAAGGACAGAUUAUCUAGACCACAGACUCUCCCCAUGUGAAGAGACAGUGUCUCUCUGCAUUCCUGCAUGGACAACAAUCAUAUGUCUUUGUAAUCAGAUGUUUGUUUUGUACACACAGACAGCAGAGGGUUAUUUCCCCCAGGCACGACUCAAAUACUGAUAAUACUUUGCCUCUGGCCUCUCAGAUUUUGUUCAUUUAUUGUAAUGCUAUAAUAACUGGGAAUAUAAUUACUUUUCCUAAUGAGGGGAUAGUGAUGAUGAUCGACACUCAGUCGUUCAACCAUCGGGAAGUAAAGUGGAAGUUUGUAAGAAUUAUAACUAUUUUGAAGAAAUAGAGAAGUUGGAGAUUUUGACUUUUCACUCACUACACUGAAAUGUAAACAACCUCACCUCCUUUAAAACACAAGGACUCAUGGUUCCUGUUACAGUGUUUACUAGGAGUCCUGUCAGUUUACAUUAAAAACAUUCAGGCAGGACAAUGUGGACAAAGACAAUUCCUGAGCUUUGGUCGAGUAAUAGUGAAUUAUUCUCAGAACCAUGAUAUUUUAGCUUGGAUUCACCUGUGGACGACAAGUUAGCGUGUGUAUUUGUAUAUGUGUGUAUUAUAACUAUGAGGGAGAGACAAAGAGCUGUUGUACGUUUACAAUAUUGUUACCUGCAACAAGAGAAAGGCCUGAGAAGCCUUUUACCCCGAGGGACCAGAACAUGGACAUGAAAAAGAAGACGGGGACAAAACCUGCAGGAGAAGAACAUGUUUUAUAUCCAUCCAGUGUUUUCUAUGAAAGUGAAAGGACAAAAAACCUGAUGUGUAAAUGUUGAAAUGUUUAUUCAUAAAAGUACAGCAAAUGCAAUUUUAAAAACAAA